UGCUUCUUCCCCCAUGAGGAUAAAUAAGAACAGCCAAGCUUCCAACUUCACUCACAUUAGAAACAUGCUUUUCUCUGAAGUCAGCAUUGGGAUUGGAGCCAAUACUGCUCUGCUUCUCUUCCACAUCCUCAUGUUCCUUCUCAAGCACAGGCUCAAGCCCAUCGACCUGACCAUCAGCCAUUUGGCCCUUGUUCAUCUGGUGAUGCUGCUGACUGUGGGCUUCAUAGCUGCAGACAUUUUUGGGUACCAGGAUUUGGGCAAUGACUUCUCAUGUAAAUCAGUUAUUUCCUUGCACAGAUUGAUGAGGGGCCUCUCCAUCUGCACCACCUGCCUGCUGAGUGUCCUCCAGGCCGUCACCCUCAGCCCCAGAAACUCCUGCUUGGCCAAGUUCAAAGGAAACUCCUCACCUCAGAGCAUGUGCUGCUUUCUCUUCUUCUGGGUCUUUAAUAUGCUCAUCAGUGGUCGCUUCUUGAUUGCCAUCAUUGCUACCCCCAAAGUCACCACACUCAAUCUCAUGUUUGUCACUAAAUCCUGCUCUCUUCAGCCCAUUGGUUACUUGUUCAGGUACACAUUUUUCUCACUGGUCACCUUUCGGGAUGUAUCUUUUAUAGGGCUCAUGGCCCUCUCCAGUGGGUACAUGGUGACACUCUUGUGCAGGCAUAAGAGGCAGUGCCAGCACCUUCAUAGCACCAGCCUGUCUCCAAAAGCAUCCCCAGAACACAGGGCCACCAGGACUAUUCUUCUGCUCAUGGGGUUUUUUGUGGUCAUGUACGUUUUGGACUUUGCCAUUUCUUCCUCUUCUGGGAUGUUGUGGAACAGUGACAAUAUUCAUCACUGUGUUCAGAUGCUGGUGGGCAAUGGCUAUGCCACGGUGAGUUCUUUGGUCCUCAUUGGUACUGAAAAACAAAUGAGAAAGUUCUCGAGAUCCUUGUGGGGCAAGCUCAGUAAGUGCUUAAUUAUCCAAUGACAUAUCAUUUACAUAAAUUGAGUAAAAACUAUCAAGAAGUUCAAUGCCACAUGUCCAGGUGGCGACCUCUAGAUUAUCUGUCAAAAUACUAUAAAAGACAAAAGUGUUCCUGGUCCUGCCUUUGCCACUGCAACUUUCUUUUUUUUUCUUUUUAAUUUAUUUCUUAAUAAAUUAAA